AUGGACAACAAUUCCUCUUUCUCCAUGUUCUCUCUCACCGCUCUGAAUGGCAGCAGAUCCAGCAGGAUCACAAUUUUUUCCUUUGCCCUGCCAGGUUACUUUCUCACCAUUUUUGUCAACACACUCUUGAUUUUGAUAAUUGUUCUGGAGAAAGUUCUCCACCAGCCUAUGUAUAUUUUUCUGUGCAACUUAUGUAUAAAUGGAUUAUAUGGAGCCACAGGAUUUUAUCCACCCCUGCUGUAUUAUUUACUCAGUGAAAGCAAUGUAAUCUCUCUGAAAGAAUGUGCCAUUCAAAGCUUUGCCAUCUUUACUUAUGCAAUUGGUGAGUUUACUAAUCUAAGCGUGAUGGCGUUCGAUAGAUACUUAGCAAUCUGUAGACCAUUAUACUAUCAUAAUAUCAUGACAACUGUCACUGUUUGGAGGCUAUUGACUUUCAUUUGGAUGUUUCCCUGCUGCACUGCAAUACUGCUUAUACUUAUGACACUUAGAUUUCCCAUCUGCAUAAAAAAAAUAAGCAAACUGUACUGUGAAACCUGGGUUCUGGAGAGACUCGUCUGCGGCGUGGACACUGCUCAGUUUGUGUUCAAUGGAAUAUUAACAUGUGCUGUUAAUGCUCUGGUAUGGUUCGUGUUUUUGUCUUAUAUAAAUAUACUGGUUGCUUGUAAGCACUCUGUUCAAAACCACAAGAAAUUUAUAAGCACAUGCUUGCCACAUCUGAUAGCCUUUUUGAAUUACGUCUUCUGGUCACUAUUUAGUACCUUAUACGAGCUGUUUGGAAUAAGCAGUUUGUCUCAAGAGUUUAAGAACUUUUUGUCUGUUACCUUUAUGAUCAUUCCACCUUUGAUUAAUCCUGUAAUAUAUGGAAUAGUUUUAACGCCUAUUAGAACUAAAGCAAAACAUGUAUUCCAAAGCUUUAGACCAAAACAUAUUGAUUAA